GGGCGGUGCAGCGGCUGCGACGGAGCCGGCCAUGGUCGUGGGCGGUGGGCGGGUGUUACUCUGAGCCCCGAAGGCAGCAGGAGGCUGAGUGCUGGGCUUGCAGGUGCCGGAGCCGGGCGGGCGCGGCCGCGGGAGCUGUUGAUCGUGCUGCGGGAUCGGGAGCCGGUGGCGGCGCGCGGGGCAGUUUAUCUUCUAAUCUGAAAGAGUCUUCAUGAAUAUUUCACUUUAAACCCAAGUAAUGUCACACGUUCCUAAAACACCGAAAUGGGGGCUGUUAUUUUGAGGGCCCCGAGGUUAUGAAUGUGCCUCAGCUCUAUAAUGCCUCCUGCUAUGGCAGACAUCCUUGACAUCUGGGCAGUGGAUUCACAGAUCGCAUCUGAUGGCGCCAUAUCUGUGGAUUUCCUUCUGCCCACUGGGAUUUAUAUCCAGCUGGAAGUACCUCGGGAAGCUACCAUUUCUUCUAUUAAACAGAUGUUAUGGAAGCAAGUUCACAAUUACCCACUGUUUAACCUCCUUAUGGACAUUGACUCCUACAUGUUUGCAUGUGUCAAUCAAACUGCUGUAUACGAGGAACUUGAAGAUGAAACUCGAAGACUUUGUGAUGUCAGGCCUUUUCUUCCUGUUCUAAAACUAGUGACAAGAAGUUGUGACCCAGCAGAAAAAUUGGACUCAAAAAUUGGAGUACUUAUAGGGAAAGGUCUUCAUGAAUUUGAUGCCUUAAAGGAUCCUGAAGUGAAUGAGUUUAGAAGAAAAAUGCGCAAAUUCAGUGAGGACAAGAUUCAGUCUCUGGUGGGGCUGUCUUGGAUUGACUGGCUGAAGCACACGUACCCACCUGAGCACGAGCCGUCCGUCCUGGAGAACUUGGAAGAUAAACUCUAUGGAGGGAAGCUGAUUGUGGCUGUGCAUUUUGAAAAUAGCCAGGAUGUAUUUAGUUUUCAAGUGUCUCCCAAUUUAACUCCUAUAAAAAUAAAUGAAUUGGCAAUCCAGAAACGCUUGACUAUUCAUGGAAAGGAAGAUGAAGUUAGCCCCUAUGACUGUGUGUUACAAGUCAGCGGGAGAGUGGAGUAUGUAUUUGGAGAAUACCCACUAAUUCAGUUCCAGUAUAUCCGGAACUGUGUGAUGAAUAGGACCCUGCCCCAUUUCAUCCUCGUGGAAUGUUGCAAGAUCAAGAAAAUGUAUGAGCAAGAAAUGAUUGCCAUAGAGGCUGCCAUCAACCGGAACUCAUCUAACCUUCCUCUGCCUUUACCACCAAAGAAAACGCGAGUUAUUUCUCAUGUCUGGGACAACAACAACCCUUUCCAAAUUGUCUUGGUGAAAGGAAAUAAGCUUAACACAGAAGAAACUGUGAAAGUUCAUGUCAGAGCUGGUCUUUUUCAUGGAACUGAGCUCCUGUGUAAAACUGUUGUAAGCUCGGAGAUAUCAGGAAAAAACGACCAUAUUUGGAAUGAACCACUGGAAUUUGAUAUUAAUAUUUGUGACUUACCAAGAAUGGCUCGAUUAUGUUUUGCUGUUUAUGCUGUUUUGGAUAAAGUAAAAACGAAGAAAUCAACAAAAACUAUUAAUCCCUCUAAAUAUCAGACCAUCAGGAAAGCUGGGAAAAUGCAUUAUCCUGUAGCGUGGGUAAAUACGAUGGUUUUUGACUUCAAAGGACAGCUGAGAUCUGGAGACGUCAUACUGCACAGCUGGUCAUCCUUUCCUGAUGAGCUGGAAGAGAUGCUAAAUCCCAUGGGCACAGUGCAGACGAACCCAUAUGCUGAAAAUGCAACUGCCUUGCAUAUUAAGUUCCCAGAUAAUAAAAAGCAGCCUUAUUAUUACCCUCCCUUCGAUAAGAUCAUUGAGAAGGCAGCUGAGAUUGCCAGCGGCGACAGUGCUAACAUGUCAAGUCGUGGCGGAAAAAAAUUCCUUGCUGUACUGAAAGAAAUCUUGGACAGGGACCCCCUUUCUCAGCUAUGUGAGAACGAAAUGGAUCUUAUUUGGACUCUACGGCAAGAUUGCCGAGAAAAUUUCCCACAGUCACUGCCAAAACUACUCCUGUCAAUCAAGUGGAAUAAACUUGAAGAUGUUGCUCAGCUUCAGGCACUCCUGCAGAUUUGGCCCAAACUGCCCCCCAGGGAAGCACUGGAGCUCCUGGAUUUCAACUAUCCAGAUCAGUACGUCCGGGAAUAUGCUGUGGGCUGCCUGCGACAGAUGAGUGAUGAAGAGCUCUCUCAGUAUCUUCUACAGUUGGUGCAAGUUUUGAAAUACGAGCCUUUUCUUGAUUGUGCCCUCUCUAGAUUCCUGCUAGAAAGAGCACUUGAUAAUCGAAGGAUUGGGCAGUUCCUGUUUUGGCAUCUUAGGUCAGAAGUGCAUAUUCCUACCGUGUCUGUCCAGUUUGGGGUCAUCCUUGAAGCGUACUGUCGAGGAAGCGUAGGGCACAUGAAAGUGCUUUCCAAGCAGGUUGAAGCACUCAAUAAGUUAAAAACGUUAAAUAGCUUAAUCAAAUUGAAUGCCGUGAAGCUCAACAGAGCUAAAGGAAAGGAGGCUAUGCACACCUGUUUAAAGCAGAACGCUUACCGGGAGGCCCUCUCUGACCUGCAGUCGCCUCUGAACCCGUGUGUCAUCCUCUCAGAACUCUAUGUUGAAAAGUGCAAAUACAUGGAUUCCAAGAUGAAGCCCCUGUGGCUGGUCUACAGCAGCAGAGGUUUUGGAGAAGACUCGGUUGGAGUGAUCUUUAAAAAUGGUGAUGAUUUGCGGCAGGACAUGCUGACGCUGCAGAUGCUACGCCUGAUGGAUCUGCUCUGGAAAGAGGCUGGUUUGGACCUUCGGAUGCUUCCCUAUGGCUGUUUAGCAACAGGAGAUCGCUCUGGCCUCAUUGAGGUUGUGAGCACCUCUGAGACAAUCGCUGACAUUCAGCUGAACAGUAGCAAUGUGGCUGCCACAGCAGCCUUCAACAAAGAUGCACUCCUGAACUGGCUUAAGGAGUACAACUCUGGGGAUGACCUGGACCGAGCAAUUGAGGAGUUCACCCUGUCCUGUGCUGGCUACUGUGUAGCUUCUUAUGUCCUUGGCAUUGGUGACAGGCAUAGUGACAACAUCAUGGUGAAAAAAACCGGCCAGCUCUUCCACAUAGAUUUUGGACAUAUUCUUGGAAAUUUCAAAUCUAAAUUUGGCAUUAAAAGAGAGCGAGUACCUUUUAUCCUUACUUAUGACUUCAUUCAUGUCAUUCAGCAAGGAAAAACAGGAAAUACAGAAAAAUUUGGCAGGUUUCGCCAGUGCUGUGAAGAUGCCUAUCUGAUUUUACGGCGGCAUGGGAACCUCUUCAUCACUCUCUUCGCACUGAUGUUGACUGCAGGGCUUCCUGAGCUUACGUCAGUCAAAGAUAUACAGUAUCUUAAGGACUCUCUUGCCUUAGGAAAGAGUGAAGAAGAAGCACUCAAACAGUUUAAGCAGAAAUUUGAUGAGGCCCUCAGGGAAAGCUGGACUACCAAGGUGAACUGGAUGGCUCACACAGUUCGCAAAGACUACAGGUCUUAGCAUCGGCCUUGGCUCCCAGUGAACUUGUCAGUUUGUUUCCUUUCCAUUUUGCACUUGCACUAAACAUGACCCUGCCAGAAAUGCAAAGGGAAUGAAAUCCUGAAACUCAGAGUGAAAUCAAGAACGAGGCCUCCCAUGGAGCCUGAUCUGAACCAUCCCGAUGCCCACCUUGUUUCUCAUCCUGAACAUUGCCAACAGACAGCAUGGAGGACCCUUUCCUGCUGACCUUGCACGCCGAGGAAUGCUACUAAGGACUCUUUGGGAUUUUUUUCCUUCAGUAUUUGGUACUUUACCAGAGGUGUAAAUACUUCUUUUCAGUGUUGUGACCAAGUGCUGCCACUCAGCCAACAACUCACCAUAACAUUUGGGGGCUGGAGCUGUUCUGACUGUCCAAAUAAGGCUUCAAAGAAAGGUAUCUCCCUUCCCUUUUUAAAUUAUGUAAGCUACAAAUUACAUUGAUUAUGUUGAAUUUAAUUAUUUUUUAAAGGAAAUAUUUUAAAUCUGUGAAAACUCACUAAUUUUGUUAAUAUUUAUCUAUCAUGAUAUCAUCAUUCCAGCCAGACUUGCUGAGAAUCUAUUGGUGGGGCAAAUAUAAUAUAUAUAUAUAUCUAUAUAUAUAUGCUGCAUAUAUAUUUAUAAAAUUUCUAGUGGGAGUUCUAUAUAAAAAGAUGUUUCUUUAGUAUUCUUCAGCCUGUGUUUUAAAGUUUUACAAAAGCAGAGCUUUUCCUAAGUUACUUUUCAGUUGACCGUGGAUCCAGGUCUUCCAUCCGCUUCAGUCCUGAGGCACAUAUGAAUGCAGUUUCUCUGUGUAGCUCUGAGAGUUCAUCUCAUAAAACACAAUACUUGAGCAGAUGUAUCCAAGGAAGCAAGCAGACGAAAAGGAAUCUAUUUAUGGAAUAAACUCCAAACCCAAAUUUCAGUAUUUUAGUAAUACGCCAGCUGUUCUUACUAUAUUUAUUGAAAUGUAUAAUAAUGUGAUUUUUUUCAAUGGUAUUUGUUGAAAUUGAAGUGGAUUCAUGCCACAUGGAAAUCUUAAUUUAUUUGUUGAGGUACCAUACAGUUAGGGUGCUAGGUGACAAGUGAUGCUAACAUGUGCAAUAGGAACUACUGGUUGGUGUGUACAUGGAUGUUCUUCCUGAGUAAUGGCGGAGUGCUCGCCUUAGCAGCACACAUACUGAGUACUGUCAAGAUCCAGCAAACUACUGCUUCUUCUCCAAAGAAAUGGGGAGCCCUCGAUCCUCAGUGACAUGGGGAAGACAACUGAGUACUUGCCCUGUGACUUCAGUUUUCUAUAGGAAUUUUAUUAAAGAUUGUUUAAUUUUGUUGUCCUUCUUAAUGUUCUCUGUCAAAUAAAUGGGUGGUUUCGGCUGUUUGGGGACACGUAGGCCUUUCUCUGUGAGAAACACAGAGUCUUCGGAACCUGCUGCUAUUGGGACGCUCCCAAAAUGGCCAAGUCAGUAGAGAAACCAACCUCAGGAGUGGGCUGAGGUUCAGGACCUCUGCCCAGCUUCCCUUUGCUCCACCAUGGACAGUCUUGAAGGUCUCUUGGACUGAUGGAAGCCUAAGGGGCGGGAGUGUUUUCGUCAGUCUGCUGUUGUAACCUCAGCUCGCUGCCUCUACUGCAUUCAUGUGCACAUAUGUGUGGGAAAGCCAGCCAGGGUGGUGUGGUUCAGUAGGUAGAUACAGACAGACACUCCAUCCAUGCUGGCUGAGUUGCUUGUCUGAGAAGAGAAGGCGGAAGGCAGGAAGCUAGCCACCCUCUAGAUUGAAUUAGCACUCUAGGCUGUACAGAUACCUGCUUGAACAAGGACUGGCUAACCCACGUUUCUCUACAUCCUUAAAUGCCUCACUUGUUACCUAACACAUUUUCUCUCUCUGACUCUGAGCCAGAGGCCCAGACUUCUUCCAGGUUGGCUUUGAGAACUUGGUAGUAGUAUCGGGGGAUGUCAGGCUAGAGUUAGGUUGCCAGGAAGCAUGGCCCUACAGAUAGUCAAGAAGCCACUUUGUCAACAGAGAUUAUUCUCUGUCCCAGGGUGUAUGUUACUAUGUCUCAUAAUUUAUUCAGGUUAAUCAAUCCAAGUUCGAGUGUUAGGUAUUUGUAACCCUGGCACUUGGGAGAAGCAGGAGCUCAAGACUGCUCUGAGAUGCAGUGUCACUCUGAGCUACACCAGACCCCGACUCAAAACAACUAUCAAGUAGAAAUGGUUUCUAGUAUUUUCUAAUUCAGUUUUCAGAAGUAUUGAUAUUACUGCCACUGUAAGAUUGGGACUUCUGCCCACAAGCUAAUUCCUGUUUCCUUCAGUGACUGAGACACCCUAACAAUGCCACUUAAUCUCCCUUAGUUCAGCAGGUCCUCUUAAGUCUUAGAGUGGUUGAUACAUCUACCUUAACCAGCUCCUGUCUUGGUACCAUAGGAUGUACUUAAACCCAGGCUCUGUGUCUCAGCCUCUGCCUGUGGGUUACUUGGCAUUCUUGGAAAUGCCUCUAUAAGAUUGGGCUGUAACUAGUGAUUGUUGUGGAGGGGUCAAACCAUGUGGGUGGUACCUCCCCUGGGACAGUGGUCCUGGGUGUUAUAAAAAGUAGACUGAGCAAGCCAGGGAGCAGCACGCCUCCAUGGCUUCGCUUCAGUUCCUGCCUCUGGGUUUUUGCCCUGCCUGAGUUUCUGUCCUGACUUCCUUCAGCA